AAAAACCAUCUCAGAAUUUUCAAAGAGACAUAGAACAUACACAUAGACAAGGUUUUGUGUGCUAUGAAUUCUCAAUCUGCCACAUACCCAUCUUUGCAUGCCGAUCCCAAAUACUAUGCAGCCACGCAUAUCACCGCCCAUAACUAUCUAGCAUCCUCGUCAUGCUUCUCCACUCUCUUUCUCUCUCUUCCUCUCUCUCACCUCGCUAUAUAUAUUUCAACUCCUCUGGUACCUUCUACAUCAACAUCACACAUUAUUUUUAGUCCUUUCUCUCACAUAAAUACACCCACAGGAUGAGCAGCAUUUGUGCAGAGCAACAACACAACCUCCACACCUCUUACCAACUCAUCUCCCCCAAAAAAUCACUCAAAACCAUUGAUAUCCCACCAAGAAAGCUCCUCAGUCGCCGCCUUAUCUCAGAACCAGACAUGUACUUCUCCGAUGACACCCUCUUCCAGAGAUUCCUGUCCAACAACAACGUUGGUGGUGACAAUCUUGAUGAGUCAGAUUCAGACUAUGACCCUUACUCCUCUGACCAUUUCCGCAUGUACGAGUUCAAGGUUCGCCGCUGCACGCGAAGCCGGAGCCACGACUGGACUGACUGCCCUUUUGCUCAUCCUGGCGAAAAGGCUCGCCGCCGUGACCCCAGAAGGUUUCAUUACUCAGGCCAGGUGUGCCCUGAGUAUCGCCGCGGCUCGUGUAGCCGUGGCGAUAGCUGUGUGUUUGCUCAUGGUGUGUUUGAGUGCUGGCUUCACCCUGCUAGGUACAGAACUGAGGCAUGCAAAGAUGGGAAAAAUUGUAAGCGAAAAGUGUGCUUCUUUGCUCACACACCUCGCCAGCUUCGUGUUCUGCCUCUGAAUUCUCAUCACUCUUCGCCUGAGCUUGCAUGCAACAAGAAAUUGGCAUCCAAUCAUUGCUGCUUGUUUUGUCGCUGUGCUAAUUCUUCACCGACUUCAACACUAUUGGGUAUGUCUCAUUUGUCUCCACCACUUUCACCGCCUCUCUCGCCAGUGAAACACCGUUCCAUUAAUGGGUUUUCUCCAAUUUCUCGCUACGCUGACCGGUUUGUGAGUUCUGAGUCCAGUGGUGGUAUGAAUGCCCAGAUGAAUAGUCAUGGGGUUCAGAGCUACAAAGAUGCAUUAACUGAGUUAAUGAGCUCCUUGGAGGUUAUGAAUUUCAGUGAAACCUCUUCACCUUUGUCUGCUAAAAGCCCAAAUGUGCCUUGGCUUGAUGUUUCUUUCAACAACGAAACCUCUUCACCUUUGUCUGUUAAAAGCCCAAAUGUGCCUUGGCUUGAUGUUUCUUUCAACAAUAUUGAAGAUCAGCAACAGUUUAUUCUUUCUCCUUCAACACCAAACCCGCCUUCUUUUAGGUCUGCAAAUUUUUUCAGUGGGGAUUGUUCAAGCAAUUGCUUUGCUGAUGAAACCAACAACAACAAUGAGGAGUACAACAAGGUCAAUGAAAAUGGCUGGUCUUGCUCUGAUCCGGAUCUUGGUUGGGUCAAUGAGCUACUGAUGUAGAACACUAAUGAUCUUGAUGUUGACGAGAAAGAUGAUGAAUUUGGAAGUGUACAUAUUGCACCAGCCGUAUAUAUGACAGUAUAUAUAUGUGAUUUGGUGUUAUAUUGUCAAGAUAAUUGUCAUUGUUAAUUAUUGUAUUGAAGUUGUGGAUUUUUCUUGUUAAACUUUCCUUUUCUUAAGUUUUGAGCCCGAGUCUCUCUUCUAAAUAGAAAGCUCAGAGCUAAAUCUAAUCUUCUUUCAUGUAUUGAUAAUGAAGUUUGAACUAUUAAGAAAUGAAAUGGAUGAUGCCUUUUCUUUCUAA